AUGUACUUUGCCGGACCCAACUACCUGGAUUUCCGAGACCUCUACGUCACAUGCCUCCAGCUGGCCACAACCGUGGGGGUGGCCAUUUCUGUGGUCAUCUCAGUGGAUAGGCUGGUGCACGUUCUGAAGUAUUUCCAGAUUAAGAUCAGCUCGAGGAUCAGGGGAUCCUCGCCUGCUGAGAAGUUCAGGUUCAAGAGUCUUCCCGAGCCAGUGAAUUUUUCCCACAUGUAUCCCAGGGUGGCCGUCCAGCUGCCCAUGUUCAACGAGCGCUACGUUUGCCAGGACAUCAUCAACGCCGCAUGCUCCCUGUCGUGGCCCAGAAAUCGCCUCAUGGUGCAGGUGCUGGACGAUUCCACUGAUAAGGAGACAAGGCAGUUGGUGGACGAAAAAGUGAUGGAGUGGCGGGAUAGGGGAGUUAAUUGCGUCUGUAUCAGGCGGACCAACAGGCAGGGGUACAAGGCGGGGGCGCUGAGAGAGGGGUUUGAAUUGCUUAUUUCAUAUGAAUAUAUAGCUAUUUUUGAUGCUGACUUCAAGCCAAAGUCUGACUUCCUGCACCGCACGAUCCCAUAUUUGCAAUGCAACGAUGAGCUGGGCUAUGUGCAGACGAGGUGGGAGUUUGAGAAUCCGGAUGAGUCGUACCUCACAAAGGCACAGGAGAUGUCCUUGAACUUCCACAUGAAGUGCGAGCAGUUCGUUCACUCGACGUACGGGUCGUUCUUCAACUUCAAUGGGACGGCAGGUGUGUGGCGCCGUUCUUGCAUUGAGAGCGCGGGAGGCUGGAAUGGGCGCACCACUGUGGAGGACAUGGACCUGUCGCUCAGGGCAUAUCUUGGAGGCUGGCGCGCACUGUUCCUGGACGACACGACGUGCAUGAACCAGCUGCCCUCCUCCUUCUCGGCAUACCGCAAGCAGCAGCACCGCUGGACGUGUGGCCCUAUCCAGCUGUGGAGCCGCGCCAGCGCAGCCAUCUGGGCCUCCAAGAUCUCGCUGCUGAGCAAGGUGGAGCUGAACAUCAUGUACUUCUUCAUGAGGAAGUCCGUCAUGCACUUCGCGUCUUUUGGGUUCUUCUGCUUCCUCGUCCCACUGUCGGUGUUCACCCCUGAGGUGUCCAUACCAAUGUGGGCCCUUGUCCAGCUGCCGGUCACCGUGACGCUCACAACCGCCUUAUUCACUCCCAACGGCUGGGCGUACGCGAUCCCCUACGUGCUCUUUGAAAACGCCAUGGGGAUCGUCAGGGUCACGGCUGCUGUUACCGGGAUCUUCGACCUGGGCAGAGCGCACGAGUGGAUAGUCACCCAGAAGGCCGGGAGGAAGGAGCACUGCAGGCCGUGCGCCCGGACCUGGAUCCGCCUGUACGUGGCCGAGACGCUGAUGUCCAUCUUCAUGCUUGCAUGUGCAUCGCACGCGGCCUUCGCCAUUCACCGCUGGAUGUUCUCCGUCUUCAUCUUCCUGCAGGGCAUCACUUUUCUGGCUUUUGGAGUGAAUGCCGUGGAUUGCGGAGGCCUGUUGGGGCGCCGGGUGUACAGUGUAGAGAGGGCGCUCAGGGGGAUUGAAAACGUCAUUGCCACGCCGAGGGCGCUGAGGCAGUCGAAGGCCCCAGACACACACGAGCAAUGGACGCCGUUGAUCAGCAAACGAUGCAACAGCUUGUCCACUACUUGCAAGCGCAUCCCCUGCAUCACCAUAUCAGCGUGA